AUGGUCUACGCUGAGCUGAUGGAUUUCGAGAACCCGUCGUUUGACAUCUGGUUGGAGGGCAGUAGAUACGUACUGAAGACGACCAACGAACCACGCUCUACAUUUUUCCACCGGACCAACAUGGCAGCUAGUGUCGUGGAUCGAGGCCAAGAUCCUUACUACAUCGAUCCAUCCAUCGUCGGCAAAGAGUCAGCUCUAGAGAUCCCACAACUUCGUUACCGACGUGGCCAAUUCAAUAUCCAACACGACGCGCUAAUAAGCAGGGUUCUCAACCAAGAUGCGUGGAAGCAAGAUAUCGUACCAAAACGCUGGCUCUCCACAAUCAGCAUCUACAUGCCCGAGGACAUUUACCAGGUUGAAGAGCGUAGAAUUCUACUCCGUCAGCACUUCGACCUACUACAGCAACUCACCAAUACCCGAGCACGUAUCCAAGUGAUCUUCCCUAGCAAAGAGAUGUACUGGCAUUCCCAAAUUGGUCCUACGCGUAAAGGAUAUGAGUGUCUACUUCCCACCGACCCAACUAUACGCCAAGCCAUGUUAGCUACUACCGAACGACUAUCAGUCUCGAAUGUUGGGACCGAGAUCGAUGCCGCUGUUCAUAACGAGAACGUUCAUAUCAUCAUGGAGGUCAUAUUCCCGAGCCUGACGGCCUUGAAGGCUCGAGGCCACCAGAUUCACUUGGACGAUAGGAUUAGCGGGUGGACAUGGACGGCGGGGGAGGGAAGCGCCACGUUCACCGAUACGUGGACUAAUCGCCGGCAGUUCCGUAAGAUGUACCCUUCAGGACGUAAUCUGGAUGCUGGGGAGAAGACGGAGAUGAGGGCGGAGGGUUAG